AUGGCUGACGCCGUCUUCACCACCAAGCUUCACCUCACCCGUCGUGAACUUCUGAAAUUUGCGCCAACUGAGAAAAGUGGUAAAGGUGAUCUAACAUCGAAGUUCUCGCUAUACUUACUUGGACAACUUAUGUACGGAACGGUACUCAUAUACGAUCGACAAGUCACGUUAUUCGAAAGAGAUGCUCGUUCUACAUAUAAAGGGUGCAUGCGGUUACCAAUGGAGGAGCUUCUUGAGUGUGACUUGUCAGCAAGUGGCAAAGCGAAAAAGCGUCAACGCGAUGGCAAAAAAGUAAUUCGCGAACAUAACCCAGAUAUUGACAUUGAUGAAGAACCAAAUACUCGAAUGGUGCCUCGUGCUCGCCCUUGCGAUAUCACAAUGGUCGAGGCUGAACCUUUAAUUUGGCAUCGUCAAGAUGUUUUCUUUGAUGAGGAGAAUCGGCAGCCUGUUGAUUUAAGUGUGCAAGGAUUUAUCAAUUGGAAUGACUUGCGAUCAAGAGGGAGCUCAUCCGAAUCAGUUGAAAAAGUGGAAGAAAAUCCUCAGAGCCAGGCUGUGGAACCUGUGAUACUUGAUGAAUUUCCACCACUUCCACCACCAGAAGCUUUUGCUAAUGUGGACCGCGAAACUUUCAUGGCGGGCUCUUAUCUGGAUUUGACAGCAGGACAGCAGAGAGGAAAUGAGAAGAGUCAGUCUCCGCCCGUGGUUGUUAAGGAAGAACCUAAUCAAGAACCAGCUGCCAAGAGGCCAAGGAUGGAUGAUAAUGUCGAAGAAAAUCCUGUACAACCUAACGAAACUGCUGGAGAACAUCGCGAAGCACCAGCUGUACAAAGUAGUGAUGCCAACGGCUCUUCUCAUCCUUCACUGGAGCUCAGCGCAAUAAAUAAAGAAGAUUUGGAUGCUGAGCGAGUUUUUAGAAGAAGGAGAAAUCUCCAACUGUUCGAUACUGAAAGCACAGUGAUCUCGUAUGAAACUAUGAAGGAACGUAUGCUUGAUUACUCUUCUCUUAUCAAAACCAAAGAAGAGCUUCGUGCUGGUAUGACGGUUAACAAAUAUCCCACACUGCACGAAUUACUGCUGCCUUACCCAGCUUACGCAGGAAAGCGGUUUCCUAAAGAAUGCAUCGAACUUUAUCAGAGUAUGGUUUGCGACAAAAUGACGUACCAGCAAGCAUUAACAGAAGAUCUGUACGAAUUACCAGAUCGUGGACCAGCCUCCAAACUGUGGCGCGAUCCGAGCGAUGUAGUUCCCGGGAUUGCGUUCUUGACUGGUACACCUCAGAAGGAACGAGACGAAUCGCAGGGAAGAGAAGGACUGCUCACACCCAGUAAAAUAUCCAUCAAAGCAACUCCAGACUGGUACAAGUCGUCAGUUUCUGAUGAACGACAAAGUGAACUUUCGUUGAGGGUUAAUGACGUGAUGCCCAAUGAACCGUUGCAAAUGGCUGCCGACGUCUCUCUCCAAGAGAAUGCUCGCGUGAGGGAAUCUCGCGGUUCUUACGUGGAGGAAGAACGACGUAUGACCAUCGAUACCAACGAAUUCGAUCGCCGUCCAUCAUCAGUACAACUUAUGGAACCUUUCAAACCUGGCGAUACUUCCGGGCAAUCAUUCCCGAGCAGCUCCGGAAGGAUUUCGCUGCCGGAUUCGCUUAAAGAGAAGUUUCAGAGAGAAGAAUGCCGUUGUCUUCUUGAAGCGCUCUCAAAUGCAAGCGGCUACAUUCCAUUAUCCUCCAUUAUUCCAAACACCUCCACGUCCAGGAAACGUGCAGUUGGAGUAUUUUCUUCAUUGCUCAGUAAGUAG